AUGACCAUUUCGGACUGCAGUAUCUCGUGCAUGAAGCACAAAGAAUCUCAUCACUGUCAUGCAUUCAACUUCAGGGAAGCUUAUGGAUCAUGCCAGCAGAUCCGCAAAAGCAAGAGCCAUAUCGUCAACUCUGAAGGGUACCAGGCAUUUGUUCAAUUCCUAUGCCUUACGGACUACCCAAAGAUACAGAAUACUGAGGAAGCGUUCCAUGGUUGGAGUGGUGCAUAUCCUGCCCCACGGGAUGGUCAGGUGAUUUUCAAAUGCAAACACCCACGAGGAUUCACUGACGGCCACAAGGUACACAUGGCCACCUGCGCCUCAAUGCGACCCGAUGCAUGGUACACCACAUUCGCUGACAAACGGACUACCAUCCUUUGUCCACCUCCAUUGUCAUGCGUGAGUGAACACCCAAAGAUGGAGAACAUGGCUGUGAAAAUGACCUACAAGGACUGGGAUGGGAAAUACCCUGCACCUCCAGGCGCAACCGUCAUAUUCAGAUGCCCUGCAAAGUUUAACGAUGAGUCAUUCGUACACAAUGCUACUUGUUCCUUCCAGUCUGAUCAUGCCUGGGACAUUUCCUUUCAGGACGAGGAUGUGCGAUGCCCAACGGCUGUUUAUCCUGACUGCCGCCUAUCGGAGAGUGGAAAUGAGUAUAUUGGAACCAUGAACGUAACAGAAACGGGGAGAUCAUGCUUCAGGUGGGAUUCCGAGGAAGUGGCAUCUUCUUAUUAUUCCGUGGAGGCAGGGUUCAAUGAAGUCCUGUCCUUCGAGGAACACUUCUUAAACCAGGACCCGUCUUGGCACAAGAACUACUGCCGGAACCCAACAAAUAUGGCUAGGCCCUGGUGCUUUGUUGACGAUGAUGGUGUGAAGAUGGAGUUUUGCCGUAUUCCCCUUUGCGAUUAUUUGAAAUGCAAGAUGAGCCAAAAGGGAGGGGAAUACAUGGGUGUGAAGGACAAGACUAUUUCAGGCUUCGCUUGCGUACCCUGGCUAGAUCUGGAUGGAAAUGAAGGGGACGUUAUGAUUAGGGCCCGUGAAGGGUCGUUCCCAGAUGAAAUCACAGAAAGCCACAAUUUCUGUCGCAACGCGAACGGAAACCCAGGUGGUCCUUGGUGCAACAUCAAAGAUUCCCAAAACCCGAACCUGAAGUGGGAGUACUGCGAUAUCCCUUUCUGCGAUUUUGACGAUUCAGGAGGAAGCAGCAAAUCUGGAGACCACGAAUCAACCGGGGGAAUAAUGCAGCCCAAUUACAAAGAAUGCCGGCUUACAGAGAUGGGGAAAGAAUACAUAGGUGAAGAGAACAAGACGGAAACAGGAAAGGAAUGUAUAGCAUGGACGUAUGCGACCGGAGAAGGCUUUCUAUUAACAAGUUCCAUAUUUUCCCACCUACCAUUCCAAGAUCGCCAGAUGCCUAGACCACCUUACAAGAUCAAGGACUAUCUAUACUCCUGGAUUCACCUAUAUUCAACUACCGAACGCUCUUUGAAAUCAAAUGCAUGCCGUAAUUAUGGCUCGAAGGAGCGGCCCUGGUGCUUCAUCUCCCUUGAGAAUCCCGCCUGGGAGUACUGCGACAUCCCGUUCUGCCGUGAUCAUAAAGAGCCGGCGGAAUGCAUAUUCACGGCUGAGGGACGAGAGUACUCAGGGUUGAAGAACGUCACAAAGUCGGGGAAGAAAUGCCAGCACUGGCUGAGCCAAACGCCAAAUGAACAUUCGACUAUCUUGCACCUGCCUGCAUUCCCCGAUCCUGGCAUGGACAGUCACCACAAUUACUGUCGUAAUCCUGACAUAAGGAAUUCGGGUCCUUGGUGCUACAACGGAGAGGGCACCGAUCCUGAAUGGGAAUAUUGCGACGUUCAUCUUUGCUAG